CCAGGCCCGGCGCGAGGGUUGCCUUAGGGAAGCGCGGGACUUAAGGAGGGGCCGCUUUCUGCCCCUCUCCUCACGCUUCACCCCAAAGAAAGACUCUAGUCCUCUCCAGACCCAAACACCAUUCUCGACAAUCACUGUCACUCUUUCAGAGACAGAGCGACCACCAACGGUGGUUUCAGCAAUGGCCCCAUCCUGAUUCCUGGCCCAGCAGUGCAGCUGAGCUGGGCUGGAACCGCCCCCCUGGAGCUCCCUCAGCCUGCAACCUAGGAGGAUAGCCGGGAAGCCCAGCUAAGGGCCUGACUUCAGCCCCAUGCGGCUCACCCGCUGCCAGGCUGCUCUGGCAGCCGCCAUCACCCUCAACCUCUUGGUCCUGUUCUAUGUCUCGUGGCUGCAGCACCAGCCCAGGUUCUCCCCGGCCAGGGGCUCCCGCCGUGGAUCUGCCUCCGGCCCCCGGGUCACCAUCUUGGUGCGGGAGUUCGAGGCCUUUGACAAUGCUGUGCCAGAGCUGGUGGACUCCUUCCUGCAGCAGGACCCAGCCCAGCCGGUGGUGGUGGCAGCCGACACGCUCCCCUACCCGCCUCUCGCCCUGCCCCACAUCCCCAGCGUUCGCCUGGCGCUGCUCCAGCCCGCCCCGGACCGGCCCGCUGCAGCCUCGCGCCCCGAGACCUACGUGGCCACCGAGUACGUGGCCCUGGUGCCCGACGGGGCGAGGGCCGAGGCACCGGGCCAGCUGGAGCGCAUGGCCGAGGUGCUGCGAGCGGGAGGCGCACGCCUGGUGGCCGCUCCUGUUGCUUCGGCCAACCCUGCCCGGUGCCUGGCCCUGAACGUCAGCCUGCGGGAGUGGACGGCGCGCUACGGCCCGGCACCCUCCGCACCCCGCUGCGACGCCCUGGACGGGGACGUCGUGGUUCUCCUGCGCGCCCGCGACCUCUUCAACCUCUCGGCGCCCCUGGCCCGGCCCGUGGGCACCGGCCUCUUCCUGCAGACCGCCCUCCGCGGCUGGACGGUGCAGCUGCUGGACCUGCCCUUCGCCAGGGCGCGCCAGCCCCCGCUGACCACGGCCCACGCGCGCUGGAAGGCGGAGCGCGAGGGGCGGGCACGGCGGGCGGCGCUGCUGCGGGCACUGGGCAUCCGCCUGGUGAGCUGGGAGGGCGGGCGGCUCGAGUGGUUCGGAUGCAACAAGGAGACCCCGCGCUGCUUCGGGACAGUGGUGGGCGACACGCCGGCCUACCUGUACGAGGAGCGCUGGACACCCCCGUGCUGCUUGCGUGCGCUGCGCGAGACGGCCCGCUACGUGGUGGGCGUGCUGGAGGCGGCCGGCGUGCGCUACUGGCUGGAGGGUGGCUCGCUGCUGGGGGCGGCCCGCCACGGGGACAUCAUCCCGUGGGACUACGACGUGGACCUGGGCAUCUACCUGGAGGACGUGGGCAACUGCGAGCAGCUGCGGGGCGCUGAGGCGGGCUCGGUGGUGGAUGAGCGCGGCUUCGUGUGGGAGAAGGCCGUGGAGGGCGACUUCUUCCGCGUGCAGUACAGCGAGAGCAACCACCUGCACGUGGACCUGUGGCCCUUCUACCCUCGAAACGGGGUCAUGACCAAGGACACGUGGCUGGACCACCGGCAGGAUGUCGAGUUCCCCGAACACUUUCUGCAGCCUCUCGUGCCCCUGCCCUUUGCCGGCUUCGUGGCGCAGGCACCUAACAACUACCGCCGCUUCCUGGAGCUCAAGUUCGGCUCCGGGGUCAUCGAGAGCCCCGAAUACCCCAACCCAGCACUCCUGAGUUUGGCAGGAAGCAGCUGAAGCUCCAGCAUCUGAUCUUGGAGUCAGGAGCACAUUCGGGCACAGGGCAUUGUCCUUUGUCUUGGUGCUGCUGGCGUUUGGUGGGCGGGCCAGGGACGCCAAGCCACCCUGCUGGGCCCAGCACAGCCCGGGACAUCAAAGGUGUGCCCUGCCCCAAAUUUCCAGGGCUGGGGCACAGUUUUGGAAAGAGAGGGAGAAAGAGUGUAGUUUCUGGGGCCAGACUGCUGUGUCCCAAUUUCUCUGCGCCUCGGUUUCCUCCAGUGUGUGCCCUCAGGGUCUAGCACACAAAGAGCCCCAGGACACUUGGCCGUUGGGGUUGCUUCCGCCACUAGAGGGCGCCCUUGUCCUACCGUGGGGCCAAGGCGAAUGUAAGCCCGUGACCUCUGUUCCACGGCUUUCACGCCUCUUGAGCCUUUGGUCUUCCCUCUAGCCUCCUGUGUCUGGCGGGACAGGAUGACUAAAUCCCCUUCUUUCAGAAAACGACCUCCUUCCCUCCUGGGAGAGCGCUGUGAGGUGCAUGCUGCUCUUAACCCCAUCUUGCAGAGAAGAAAACAGACUCUGAGGUGCGGCUGUGGUUAAGAACCGGGUUCUGGAUCCCGGCCCCUCUCCAUUUAACUGUUACCUCAUUAUUUUAGCUCUCUGCACCUGUUAGCCACUCGCAAGGUGGGGUAAACAAUAAUCAUAGCUCACAUUUACUGAGCAUUUACUGUGUAUCAGGCAUCGUUCUCAGUAUUUCACACAGAGUAACUGACUUAUCCCUCACCUUGACCCUCUGAGGUGAGAGCUGCUGUUAUUUUUAUUUCACAGAUGAGGAAACUGAGGCCAGAAUGGUAAAGCCACUUGUCCAAAGUCAGACAGCUUGGGAAGUGUCAGAGAGGGGACUUGAACCCAGGCUGGCAGUCUGUAGCCUGCGUUGCCGUUGCCUGCUAUGCCCCUCUCUGGUGAUAGUACCCAAGGGGGGCUUUGGGAAGCCACACGGCUUAGCAGGUAAAGCGACAGCAGCCUUCCUCUUGUGUGCACCUAAGAGGAGAUACUGUUUGGGCAUGUACCUCCAAUAGGUAUAUUUAUUUAUAAAUUAUAUCCAGGUACUACUAGCAUUCUGUAUAUUAGUAAUAAGGCUUAAAUUAUUCCAUUUUAAAAUUAAAAAUAAAUAGAGAGGGUUUUGUUUACCAGCCUCAUCCCAGUGACUUGUCCUGCACACCCCUUGGGUGUACGCACCUGGCUUUGAGACCACAGGCUCUGAAGUGGGAGAGGCCUGGGUUCAAAUCCAAGUGCUUCAAAUCUAAAUCCCACUGUGAACUUGGGCUACCAGUGACUCUGCCUCUCUUCACCUUGGCUUUGCACCUGGGAAACAGGGGUAAUGGUGACCCUCACCCCACAGGAGUGCUGUGAGGCACUUGGGUGGUAAAGGGGUCGGGAGUCAGGGCUGGGUGCGGCUCCUGGCUUGGCUACUUACUUUCUUUGUGACCUUAGGCAAGUCACUGCUUCACUGAGCGGGUGGCGGGGAUUGGUGAUAUUGCAGAAGCGUGAAGCCCUUGGAGGAGGAGGCUUCACAGAUCAGCAAGAGAAGAUAAAUGCCAAUUUGGUCCAGAUUCCUGAGGCUCAGACAUCCGAAGCCUGACUUAUAACGCAGUCUCUGUUUUUAACCACUGAACCUGCCAAUGGCUCGCAGUCUGUUAGGUUCCCAGGGAGCAUUCUGGAAACAUACGGGGAUGAUUUGGAUUAUUGCUGUGAUCGGACCGUGCUCUUGGCUCUUGGAAGGCACGGCCCAGGGAUGGAGAUGUCUUAUAAUAUAUGCAGGGCACCUCCACCCAGUGAAGCAGGGUCCCUUGUCACAUACUAUUUUAAAAUGUCCCAUUGGGCAUUCAUGAAGGACGGUGAUGUUAAAAAUAUUUUGCAACUGGUGUGGUAAUAUAAAUACAUAAAUCAAUAUCUGCAUCACAUCUUAAAAUAUUUUUUUAAUUCUCAAAAUAAUCAAUAUUAGCUAUCUAUAUAUACAUAUUUCUUUAAGUUGUUGCCAAGAACAUAAGUUGAAGCUCAAAUCACUCUUAAAUUGUUGUAAUGGUUUUGUUUCAUUUAGAAAUUGUUGGUGUGAUUUCUUGAUUGGCACAGCUGUAUAUACAUAAAAUAACAUGUUAUAUAUGUACAUAUGGAUAUUUAAAAUAACCUUGUCUUAGCUGUGGUUUGAUAAGGGAACCACAUCAAAUGCUAUUAGCAACUUCCCAUUAAAUUGAGACUCAUUAGGACUUGAGAUCUCAAUAGAUAAAGAAUUUCUCUUAGCAGCAACUGCAGUGUUUUGGUGUUUUUCUCCUCUCUUUGCUGUUCCUGAACUAACAGCAAUUACAUCUGAAACUUUUCUAGCCCUUAAAAUACUGUCUUGGGGCUUCCCUGGUGGCGCAGUGGUUGGGAAUCCGCCUGCCAACGCAGGGGACACGGGUUCGUGCCGCGGUCCGGGAAGAUCCCACAUGCCGCGGAGCGGCUAGGCCCGUGAGCCACAACUACUGAGCCUGUGCGUCUGGAGCCUGUGCUCCGCAACAAGAGAGGCCGCGAUAGUGAGAGGCCCGCGCACCGCGAUGAAGAGUGGCCCCCGCUCGCCGCAACUGGAGAAAGCUCUCGCACAGAAACGAAGACCCAACACAGGCAAAAAUAAAUUAAUUAAUUAAAUAAUUUUUAAAAAAAAAAUAUAUAUAUAUUGUCUAAUAGUUUUGUCUAUUCAAUAUCUUUAUUACCAAGUAAGUAAUGGGAUGACAGAAAACCCAUCACAACAACUAACUUGAACUAAUUUAUUGCAAUACAUAUUAUUGAAUUUUACGAUUUCUCACUUACUCUUAUACUAUUCACCAGCCAGAAGUAUUUCAAUAUUUUAACAAGCAGCCCAUCCAUACUAGCGCAAACUAUCGAAAUUUUAGCCUUACUUGGAAAAACCUGGUUAAGAAUUAUCUGAGCCUAGAACCUAACUCUCCUUAGGCAAACACGAAGUCCUUUUUGAAUGGUUUUCAUAGGUUCUGACUUUUCCAGGAAGUGUAACUACCGUGUAAGAUGAGGGAAGCUUGUAUCGUGUUUUGUUCGAAACUUGGCCAAGGAUUGUCAACAAUAUCAGAAAACCACGUUCCACCUGGUUCUUGGUAAUUCAACACCUACACCGCAUGUUUACAGCCAUGUUAGGAGCUGCCUAUGUUUCAGGUGUAAAUGUUUGUCUCCCUCCUCGGGUUCUAGGAAGGUGGCCCCGCACAUUUGCAUAUUGAAAUGCAUAUUUUAAAUUCCUAUCCUUUUAUUUCUCCUUUUUCUUACAGUUCGGGCAGUGGGAUCAUUUUGUGUGUGUGUGUGAAGUAUUUGCUUUUGUUUUAUUUUUAUUUAUUUUUAUUUUUUAUUGAAAUAUAGUUGAUUUACAAUGUUGUGUUAA